AACUUGAAUGCUUCAAACUUGCUUUAAACGGAACAAUUUUCUUUCGGCCUUGCCAGACGGAUUACUAAUUAAGGCAAUUACAUCCAAGGAAUUUUCUUUCGGCCUUGCCAGACGGAUUACUAAUUAAGGCAAUUACAUCCAAGGCAGCAGUAUAGCAGCUCACUGGUUAAGUCGCUACCGACACGUGUCAGUAGCAUCCACGGACGAGUCCAUUCAGCUUCCACUUGAGCGCCAACCGCACGCGCCACAAGAAGAAUUUUUAUAGACUGCUGAAUACAAUAAUUUUUCAGCAGCUGAAUUCAAUGGCGAGCGCACCGGGCGAUUACAUACAUUUUAAGGCUAAUGUGCCUCUCCGCCAUGUAUCGGUUGGACUCAAGCAAUGGCGAUAUUAUGAUUAUGGUCCCAAGCAGGUGCCUGCACUCAUCUGUCUUUCAGGCAUUAUGGGGACAGCUGAUGUUUUCUACAAACAAAUUAUGUUUUUGUCGAUGAAGGGUUAUCGAGUGAUUGCUGCAGAUGCACCACCUGUUUGGAGUCAUCAAGAAUGGGUUAAUACAUUUGAAAAGUUCCUGGAUGCUAUUGAUAUCCAUCAUGUCCAUCUGUAUGGGACAGAACUUGGGGGGUUUCUAGCUCAAAUAUUUGCACAAUAUCGUCCAAGGCGAGUAAAAUCAUUGGUGCUUUCCAAUACAUUUCUCGACACUCAAUAUUUUGCAGAUAAAACACCUUGGUCUUCAUUGAUACAUUGGACUCCGUGCUUUAUACUAAAGCGACAUAUUUUGACAGGGCUUCCAAAAGAACCACAAGAACCCUUUAUUGCAGAUUCUAUAGAUUUUGUGGUGAACCAGCUUGAAACCCUCGAGAGGGAUGACUUGGCAUCACGUUUGAUUCUGAAGGCAACUUCUGCUUCUAUUGGUCGAUUGCUCCUACCAGACUCAGAAAUCACGAUAAUGGAUACUUGUGAUCAUAAUGCCGUGCCUCGUGAAUUGAAAAAUCAAUUACUGGAAAGAUAUCCUGCUGCUAAAGAGGCAUUUCUUAAGACUGGAGGUUAUUUUCCAUUUCUAUCACGGCCAGAUGAGGUUAACCUUCACUUGCAGCUACACUUGCGACGGGUAGGAGUGGAAGGACGACCUGAUUUAGUAAAAGGUCCAACACGGAGGGACAGUACUGGAAACCCAGCGAAGGAAAAUGAUACAUCUGAGGAUACUGGUGAUUCAUCCAAAAACAGUGAAAGUGCUUUCAGGCAAGUUGAAGAUGGAUCACUUUCAAGUGAAAGUGCAGGUUCUGCUGAUGCUGUGGUUGAACAUCUUGAAUGCUGCACAAAUGAAUCUGUUGACGGUGAAACGAUGUCAAUGGCUGUGCAUUUAGCAGAAAAUUAUGUAAGGCACAUUUAUGCUACUUUGCUAAGUGGAUUAGCCAUGGCUCUAGGUAAAUAUAUAAUGAUUGCCACUCUACUGAUGGAAGUCAUAUCUCAUGGUUGUUCAUUCGCUUCCUGCUGCUCCUCAUCUUGUGUUGAAUUCUAUGGUCUUGGAACCAAGACAUCUCAAUUUGUAAAAUGUGUUGUUUUACAAUGCCUGUGAGUAAAAUGUAUAUAACCUGUUCCAGGACAACAUGCAUUAUUUAUGCCCUUUUGACUCUCCUAGAACACAAUCCAGCAUGUAUACAUAUUUAUUUUGUAAUAGUGUAAAUUGUCUCAUUAUGAUCA